AUGAAAUGUGAUUUUUGUGAAGAGACUACUCCAAUCAUAGAUAUUAUGCGUCAUUCAUUGUUCUUGAAAUACUCUUAAUCCUAAAAUUAUCAUUACACUAAAGGUAUUAGUGAAAUAUUGCACAACUUUCGCACAUCUAAUAAUAUUCUUUAUAAAGACGUAUUGCUUUACGAUACACCAGAAGAACUGCUUUGUAAAGUGUUUCACAUCUCUAUUUUAUAUGAAAAACUGCAAAUGUUGGGUGAGUAUUACAAAUUUCACAAUGAUAUUCCACGCUUGUUUAUGAUGCCAGCCAUUAUUCCCCUUAAUUAUUACCAUGAUAAGAAGAGAAGAUUAGAGUACUAUAGAAUUGCCAAACUCAUUUCAAAUGAGAAUAAGAACAAUCCUGAUAAACCUCCAAAGGGCAUAGUGGGCGACUCGCCAUUGCCUUAUUCCAGCCAAUAAUUGACGGCUUAGGAAGCGAGUUCCUCUGAUGAACCGAUAUCUAAAUGCGACAAGAUCCUUGAAGGCAUAAGUUUCAUUGAGACCAAGCCAUAAUUUGUCAAUUUCAAAUAGUAACUCUAACAAUACCAAAUAUUAUAAUAAACAAUUCCAAACUUCAAAUAUGAAAAUUACAAACCCCAAAUUAAAUAGUAAGCAAUUUAGUUUCAGAAACCAAAUAACCCAGAUAAAUAAUAACGCAAAUCCAGUAUUACCAAUAUUCUUAAUAUGCUCAAGAAAAAAGUUCCAUAGACAGCAGUUAAAAAGAAUAAUCCAUCCAUCAAAUCAGACUAAUUGCAUAUAACACCGAGAAACAUAGAUAUUAAAUCACCGACUAAUAGCACUCUACUACCAAAUUAAUAAAGAAUUGCAACCCUUUUGAAAUCCCCGAAAUGUGUUACUCCAAGAGCACCCCAAUAGAGUCCCUAUCUACCAAAAAAGGUUUAACAACUAGAAAUCAAAGUGAUGUCUGAUCUAAAAACUCUACUUGCCAAAAAGCACUCCAGAAAUUCCAAAUAAUAUAGCACCGUCCAUUUUGAUAGUUUAUCUUUGGCCUAAGAUCCUAGAAGCCUUACAUAGAGGUUUGAAUCCGCCAAUAAUACCAAUGGACAAUUUACAAAGAAAAAAUUGAAUAUUAAAGAACUUAAUUAAUUCAGAAGAGUCAAGAUCUAAGAACCCUUAUCGAAUCGUGAUCCUCCUCGCAAACUUAAUUUUAAAUCUAACUCUAAUGAUAAACCUUUAAGCAUAAAUAUAACCAGUGAACAUAAAAUUAAUUUAUAUUAGCCAGCUUAAUCAGCUAGAUAAGAUAUGAAUUCUUAAUAGGCAACUAUUUCAUAAAAACUGCUGAAUGGAUAAUCUAUAUCUUAACAAAUUCACCAUCAAAAAUCAGCCACUGCUAAAUCAUUAGGAAAAUCUAUGAAAUUAACUAAUACACUAGAUUCUCAAAUCUGUAAAGUAGCACUCAAUUUAGCUGUGAAGAAUAUAAGAACUAGAAAACCAUGA